UCUCAUUUCCCUCCUAAUCUUAGUAUACACACGCACCCACUCCUCUCUUGCAAUCCUCCAUUAGCGAUUUUACAAAAGUUCUUCAAAACCCUAGCAUCGAAAAACAAUGGCAUCGACAUCAGCUAAUCGAGGCAAUUCAAGAAUCACAACUGCAGCUACUACUUUAUACUCCGACAACCAAUCCCUCAUCGCUGAAAUCCGGAAAGCUCUGUCAGUGAUAAGGGCACUUGCCGUGGAUUUUGAGAAGGGGAAUAAGCCCGAAAAGGUGAAGGAAUUGGAAGAAGCCAUGCUUGACUUGCUGGCUACAUCCAACGAUUGCACACAUUUCUCGUCAGCAAUUGAGUCUGUUGGAAAUAAUUACCAACCUAAAGAUGAGUUGACGGAUUUUAAGAAGCUUUUGGAGGAUGAGGUUGCAAAUAUGAAGCAGGAUUCACCUUCAGUUCCGCAAAACCAUCCUUUAUACCGGCAAUUCAAGGAAGCCAUUUGGAAUGUUCAUCAUGCUGGUCAACCAAUGCCUGGUGAAGAGCAGGAGGACAUUGUAAUGACCAGCACUGAGAGCAGCCUUCUAAACAUCACAUGCCCAUUAAGCGGAAAGCCUGUUAUUGAACUAGAAGAUCCAGUACGCAGUAUGGAUUGCAAGCAUAUUUACGACAAGAAGGCAGUAGUGCACUACAUGAAAUCCAAGAAUUCGAGCAUUCAGUGCCCUGUUGCAGGCUGCCCCAAGAAGUUAGCAGCUGGGAGAGUGGUGUGCGACCCGUUGUUGCAUAUUGAAAUUGAGGAGAUGCGUUCAAGGAGUACUCAAAUCAUACAGGCUACUAUUGUUGAAGAUUUCACUGAGCUCGAUGAAGGUGAAAACUGAUGCAGGCUGCUUGGGGGAGAGACCUAUAAUCUGUACAGUACUGCAGCAAUGCAGAAACUCUAGUGGGUACGGUAUGCAUAUAUGGAUAUCCAUAUGCAUGUAGAUAUGGGUAUCCAUUCAUAACACGUGAUUUUUGUUUAGGUGCUUUCUUUAGGGCUCCCCAGUCUAGUAGUCCAUGACUGUCGAAAUGAAUUCAGUCUGCUGAUUGGGCCAUGUGUGCCAAUGAUAGGAACUGUUCAAGAGGUGGGUCCUACUGUGAAUAGGCUAUGGGAAAAAGCAUGGAUUGGAUUUUGUUAGAGGGAUUAUACAAUGCUCAGGAUGGGGAUUGUAUGGUACUUUUGGGUUUCAGUUUGUAAAAGUGGCACCCGUGGUUUGGCGGUUUGAAACAUCGAUAUAGUAGGAAUCACCUUAGACAGCCCAUGCACAGGAACAAUCCCCCAGAUUGAAUAUUUGCUGUUGCUGUAUCUUCUUUGGAAACAGUGUAUUUUGUUGUCUGCCUGUUGGAGGGGUUUAUGAUUUUUCCA